AUGCGCAACCAAUACCGCGAUCUUUUCUUCCAUCUUCAAACCAGCGAUGCCAUCGCCAUUCUAUUUCUCGCAACCCAAGAGAACCGGCAUAAGUGGGCGUCAGUGCUCACAGUGGGUGGGCUAAUAGUCUGGAUACUCGUCUCAUUCAUCCUGCUCCUGGAGUUCAGAGAUUACUUGAUAGAAAGGGCUCCCUGGACUGUCAUCGCAAUAAUGAUACCAGUUUCCAUCUGGACCGCUAUUUUCACUACCACGGGCGUCGACUUCUACUAUGCCGGCUUGUUCACCCCUAUUUGGAUCACAAUCGGCCUAGACAUCCUCGCUAUCUAUGAUAGCAAGCACCGCAUCAAAGUUCAGAGACAAGCUUGGAAGGACAAGAUCGACCUCGAGAGCGGGCCGCGCCAUGUCACAGGUUCCGACAGCACCUCAUCGAGACCCAGUCCUUUGCGCAACACUCAGGCCGUCCCUUCAUCGACUACUCAUGCUCGCUAG